UAUUAACGAAGCUCCUUUUAUUUUUAUUUUUUAAAAAGAGAAAAAAAUCCGAAAAAAGGGAAAAAUAGACAUUCUCACAUCCCACAUUCAAAUCCGCUGCGAGAGAGAGAGGAAUAGAUCGACAGAGUUACUGAUAAAAGACCAAAAUACCCUUAACUUACGUGGAAAUGGCUUCUCUCAUACCCUUCUAAGCCAAAACCCUUCUGGAAGAAUACAGCCAAAGGUGUCCGGGUUAAUGAUUUUCAAGUUUAGCUUGGGAAUGUUUGCUUGAUAAUUCCAACGCCUUCAAAGCUGUGGUGAGAAAAAAGAAAGAAAGAAACAAGAAAGAAGAAGAAGAAAGCCUAUGUGACUUUCAUUAUUUUUGCAUGCAGUGUCGUUAUAAAGGAUAAGUAGGAAGUUGCCAACAAUUGGGAUUUCACUUGCAGGUUAUAAUCCAAACACCGGGCUGCAGGCAGACUUUUCUUUCAUUAGAGUUGAUAAAAGAUGAGCCAAGAGAACCAAGGCAAUAAUUCUGCUGCUACACCAAGUGUCCUCCCUGUGAAGCGUGGACGUGGUCGGCCUAGGAAGUAUGACAAUCCAUCUGAAAGGGAGGAGGCAAGGAGAAGGCGACGGCGGAGAACAGAUUCAGCUGCUCGUGCGGACAGUGUUUUGGUGGGCCAGAUAGUCUCUGGCGUUCUUGACGGGUCUUUUGAUGCUGGGUAUUUGCUCACCGUCAGAGUAGGUGAAACCGAUACCGUCUUGAGGGGCAUUGUGUUCAAGCCAGGGCUGUCUGUUCCUGUUUCUGCUGCGAAUGAUGUUGCGCCCCAUGCGAAGAUGUUCACGAGAAGUGGAGUCCCUCUUCCAGCUGCCCAACAGCAGAAUCCGGUGCCCGUUUUAAUUCCCCCAUCUGAAAUAAACAAUGGGGGGCCCAUGAGGAUCCUUCCGAGAAAUGUGCCUGCAUUUCCAUCCGAGCUUCACAUGGUGCACGUGGUGGGGACACAGCGGAUGGAUGAUAGCUCUCAUUCAAUGAAAGGACCAUUCAAAGAUGCCAAUCAUGUUAAUCAAGUUCCAGCACAGGUUUUGCAGCCUGAGAUUAAAACUGAAAUCUUGAGUCCCCGUCAUGCAGGACGGCAGGAUGAUGCCGAUCGGGCCAGGCUAGUUUCCCACCGUACUGAUCAGCCUCAGGUUGAGAAAGGAAAAUCAACUAAUAUGUCACCCAAAAAGGAGACUACUGAAGGAGCAGCUGGCAAGACCAAUCAGUUGCUUCUGAUUGCACCCCAGAAAGGAAUGUUGGAUUUAAUGGUGAGUACUGAUGGACCAUCAGAUGAUGUCAGCUGGGCACCUUCUGUUGCUGCCCAAGCCUUACCUUUGGAACCCAAAACUGAAAAACCUGUUGAGGUCUUGCAGGGAACUGAAGCUUCAUAUCAAACGAAAGGGCCAUUGAAUGGUGCAGCUGUACCCAAGCGUCUAAAGGAAAAGAAAAGGAAGGCCUUUUCAAUGGAUGGACCAGCUGAUGGGAGCCACCAGGCACCUUUGGUUGCUGUGCAAGAUAAGCACACCCAGCUUCCAGGGCAGACUCCCAAGAAAGACAGGAUUUCUCAUUCAACUAAAGUAACUAGAGAAGAUCUACAGUCUGGAUCAAAGACUGAUCGACAGCUAGAGACAUUGGUGGGAGAAGCCAUUCCAUUUGAACUGCGUGAUCUGCAAUCAGGACUUCGUCAGGAAGCGCUGGGGACCCAGGCAUCUACCAAUCCAACUGGGCUUGCCCAGAAAGAGAAUCCUGCCUCAAAAUGAUUCUGCUGCUCUUCCUCCGCCUUCCAGCAUAAGUGUGCGUGAUCAGUUGUUGAUGCAGGUUUUGUAGGGCCCAAGAGAACUGCAGUAGGUAAUAUACAUUGAGGUUGAGGCUGCACUGGCUGGACCCAUCUGGGUUCAGAUAAUUAUAUAAUCUUUGACCCAACGAUGUUGGUAACAGUAUCAAUCCAGCCUUAAAAAAAAAAAAAAAAAAAAAACAAACAUGCGGUGCCCAUGGUUUAGUGAUCCAGGCUGUUGAUUUGAUGGUCCUCACCAUGGAAAGUCCAUGCCCUGAAAACGACCCUGAUUGGAAAAUCCUAGACAUCUAGUAUUUGGCCUCUGUUCUUGUAGAAUGUGGAACAUACUUAUCGACCAUCUAAUCUGCAGGUUGUGGGUUGAAGGACUAGGAUUGUUCCAUUGGGGAUUUUUGAGGUAUGACAUUUCCAUUUGAAGUCCCAUAUGAUCAAUGCCAUGGUUUGGUGAACAAUGGAGCCCAUGUGCACAAAAUCAAGGCCUGUCGAGGAUCAUAUAAUUCCACAGGAAUCAAAGUGAUGUGCCGACUAAGGCCAUGACGGUUGUGACUGAUGCUGACAUUUGGAUCUUAUACAUUCUUAGCUAGGAUUUUCAAUAGAUAAAACUAACCUCUGUAAUCUUGUAUCCUAAACAAUGUAUUGCUCUAUUCAUGACUUUCAUCAAUCUGCUAUUGCCA